AUGAAGAACCAGUCAAUGGAAAUAGAAUUCACUCUUCUAGGGUUGACAGAUGACCCACAAUUGCAAAUUGUGAUUUUCCUGUUUUUAUUUCUUAAUUACACAUUAAGCCUGAUGGGGAACAUAAUCAUUAUUCUUGUCACCCUGCUGGAUGCUCGCCUCAAAACGCCCAUGUAUUUCUUUCUCCGUAAUUUUUCAUUUUUGGAAAUCAUAUUCACGACAGUAUGUAUUCCCAAGUUCCUGGUAACAAUUGUGACUAAAGACAAAACCAUUUCAUACAAUAAUUGUGCAGCUCAAUUAUUUUUCAUUCUUUUACUGGGAGUUACGGAGUUUUACCUUCUGGCUGCCAUGUCCUAUGACCGCUAUGUCGCCAUCUGCAAACCCCUGCAUUACCCCAUCAUCAUGAACAGCAAAGUGUGCUCUCAGCUUGUACUCAGCUCUUGGGUAACUGGAUUCUUAAUCAUUUUUCCCCCACUGGUCAUGGGACUUAAGCUGAAUUUCUGUGCUUCCAGAGUAAUUGAUCACUUCAUGUAUGAAACUUCUCCUAUACUGCAGAUCUCUUGCACAGAUACACAUGUCCUAGAAUUAAUGUCUUUUAUCUUAGCUGUGUUGACACUUGUGAUCACAUUGGUGUUAGUGAUUCUUUCCUACACUUGUAUCAUUAAGACAAUUCUGAAAUUCCCUUCUGCACAGCAAAGAACUAAAGCUUUUUCCACCUGUACCUCUCACAUGAUUGUUGUCUCUUUGACUUACGGUAGCUGUAUCUUUAUGUAUAUUAAGCCCUCUGCAAAAGAAAGAGUGACUGUAUCCAAAGGUGUAGCUUUGCUCUAUACUUCAGUUGCCCCUUUACUAAAUCCCUUCAUUUACACACUAAGGAACCAGCAGGUAAAAGAAGUAUUUUGGGGUAUUUUGCAAAAGGUAUGUUUUUUAAAAAAAUCAUUUGUGACAAAAUGCUGA